AUGCUACUAAUUGGUCUCACCGGCUCUAUCGCGACCGGUAAAUCUACGGUCUCAUCAAUACUUUCUCAAGCUCCCUAUUCUCUUCCCAUUAUCGAUGCCGAUUUACUUGCGCGGAAAGUUGUAGAACCUGGGACUCCAGGUUACGACAAGAUUGUCGCACAUUUCUUACCAACUACUCCCGAUCUGCUCCUUCCUCCUUCUCCCGAUCAUGAUAAUACAAAAGGCUCACCGUUGAAUAGGCCUGCACUAGGUAGAAGAGUGUUCGGGGAUAGUGAGGAGAGAAAAAGAGAUAGGGCAGUGUUGAAUGGAAUCGUGCAUCCGGCAGUCAGAAAAGAGAUGUAUAAACAACUGCUCGGCUACUAUCUAAAGGGUUGUUGGGCUGUAGUUCUUGAUGUUCCUUUGUUGUUUGAAAGUGGAAUCGAUGUUAUAUGUGGUACUGUCCUUGUCGUAGCCGUAAGGGAUUCAAAGAUCCAAAUGCAAAGAUUAAGGGACAGAGAUUCACAUCUGACGGAGGAAGAUGCCGAGAACAGGGUUAAGAGCCAAGGGGACGUGAGAGAAAAGGCAAAGAGAUGUGAAGCCAGAGGGGACGGACAUGGACUGGUAGUGUGGAACGAUGAAGGAAAAGAUGAACUGAAGAUAGAGCUACAAAAGGUUAUGGAAAGCAUACAAGGCAAGAGUCCCAGAUGGUGGGCCUGGCUAUUACUUUUAUGCCCACCCUUAGCUGGACUCGCUGGAAUUUGGAACUAUUGGAGAAAUCUUACGAUCAACAAAGAGUGGAAACGAGGAGAACUUCAAGCUAAGGCUAAGUUGUGA